UCCAUGUAGGAACAGAACAAUCUCUCUCUCUCUCUCUCUCUCUCUCUCUCUCUCUCUCUCUCUCAUGGCGGUCUCAUCAUCGCAAAGGACUCACUACUCCAUCGUUAUAACUUCCUUCUUCUUCUUCUUCCUUCUCUCUCUCGUCUACUUCUCCAAGCGCUCCCUCGAACCCUCCAUCUCUUUCUACAGGCAUCCAUGGCCCGAAUCCCUUUCUUUCUCUUCUAACAUACCAACACCCACACCAACACCCACAACGACGGAUCUCUCUAUCCCACCCUCAAAACACCCACAACCAAUCUCCACCAUCCAACUCCCUUCUCUUCCCCUCAACCAACCUCCAGAUCCUCUUCCUAAUCCCAUCCAGCCCGCCGUCGCGCCGGCCGAAGACGACAACCCUUUGCCAGAGACGGUGAAUCGGGAGGAGAAGCAAUGCGAUUUGUAUAUUGGGAAUUGGGUGAAAGACGACGAGUAUCCAUUGUAUCGGCCGAGUUCUUGCCCCUAUGUAGAUGAAGCGUUCAACUGCAAAGACAACGGAAGACCCGAUGUGGAUUAUACGAAAUGGAGAUGGAAGCCUGACGGUUGCGAUCUUCCCAGGUUUAAUGCAACAGACUUUUUGGAGAGGCUGAGAGGUAGAAGGCUGUUGUUAGUUGGAGACUCCAUGAACCGGAACCAGUUUGAAUCAAUGCUUUGCCUUCUACGUGAAGCCCUGCCAAAUAAGAGCAGGAUGUAUGAGACUCGAGGGAAUAAAAUAACCAAAGGACGGGGCUACUUUAUCUUCAAAUUCAAGGACUAUGACUGUACUGUAGAGUUCUGUCGGUCGCAUUUCCUAGUUAAAGAAGGGAUCCGUCUCAAUUCAAAGGGUCAAUCGAAUCCAACCCUACUAAUAGAUCGCAUUGAUAAAACUUACUCCCGGUGGAAGCGUGCCGACAUCCUGGUUUUCAAUACUGGCCACUGGUGGACUCAUGGAAAGACAGCUAGAGGGAAGAAUUACUAUCAAGAGGGUAAUUAUAUCUAUCCACAGUUUGAUGCCACUGAAGCAUUCCGGAGAGCCAUGAAAACUUGGGGAAAGUGGAUCGAUGGACAUAUGAAUCCUAAGAAGAAGUUGGUUUUUUACCGCGGGUACUCUGCCGCUCAUUUCAGGGGGGGAGACUGGGACUCUGGUGGGACGUGCAAAGGAGAGACGGAACCGAUCGCAAGUGCAAGCGGGGCCUUCAUCGAUACCCAUCCUUUGAAAAUGAAGAUAGUGGAGGAGGUCAUCCGUGAGAUGCGGUUCCCUGUAAUCCUUUUGAAUGUAACAAGGCUGACCAACUUCCGUAAGGAUGGGCACCCAUCGAUCUACCGCAAGACAGCUACAGAAGGGCGGAAGCUUUCGACACGGCGCCAGGAUUGCAGCCAUUGGUGCCUGCCUGGUGUACCAGAUGCAUGGAAUGAGCUGAUAUAUGCUAGCCUGGUCAUGAAACAAACACCUUCAUUGAGAUCUAAGAGGUGACUCUUUUUUUUUUUUUUUGCGGGGAUUGUACAAUUUUACAUAGGGUGGGCCUUCAGUUUUGUUGGGUUGUUGAUUGAUGUGAUCCAUCGAAUAUUGAUCAUAUUUAUGUGGGUCUAUUUGUAUCCAUUUGAUCA